UCCAAGGCGCUCUUGCCUUGAGCCGCCCGCCUCGCCCGGCGCUCCAGUCCAGCGGGACGGAGGAGAAAGGGAGCGGCCCCUGCAGCUCUCCAGCACCUGGCGCGCUCCCGCCGGCCGGCCGGCCCGCUCAGCCCCGGAUCUGCCUCUGCCCGGCUGGAGCGCCGGCGAGACGAAGGCCCGGCCCGGCCCGGACAGGGCAGCUCUGCCGCCGCUUGCCCAGCCUGAAGGCGUGUCGGUUUAAGCCCCGGGAGGAUCUUGGACCAUCUCCGGCGGGGGAGCUGAAGUCAGGAUUAGGCCCUUGCCUUCUCUCUCUGCCAUCAUGGGUAGCAAGACGUUGCCUGCUCCAGUGCCCAUCCACCCUUCCCUGCAGCUCACCAACUAUUCCUUCCUGCAAGCUUUCAAUGGCUUGCCAGCAGUGCCUUCGGACCACCUGCCCAACCUCUACGGCUUCAGUGCCCUCCAUGCUGUUCACCUCCACCAAUGGACUUUGGGCUACCCAGCCAUGCAUUUGCCCCGAUCGUCUUUCUCCAAAGUGCCAGGUGUGGCCAGCCUGGUAGAUGCUCGGUUUCAGCUACCGGCCUUCCCUCUGUUCCCACACGUCAUCCAUCCCAAGCAUGAGGCAGUGAACGUGCCACUCAAAGCCAAGCCCAGGUUUGAUUUUGCCAACCUGGCCGUGGCAGCCACCCAAGAGGACCAUUCGAAACUGGGACAGAUGGAGAGCCAAGGUUCCCCUCCAGGCUUGGGCUCCUUGCUUGAGGUCACCAAACUUUCACCAGAGAAGAAACCCACCCGGGGACGCUUGCCAUCCAAAACCAAGAAGGAAUUUGUGUGCAAGUUCUGCGGCAGACACUUCACCAAGUCAUACAACCUUUUGAUUCACGAAAGAACCCACACAGACGAAAGGCCAUACACCUGCGACAUUUGCCACAAGGCUUUCAGGAGACAAGAUCACUUGAGGGAUCACAGAUAUAUCCAUUCUAAAGAAAAACCCUUUAAGUGUCAAGAAUGUGGAAAAGGAUUUUGCCAAUCCAGGACUCUAGCGGUUCACAAGACACUGCACACACAAGUAAAGGAACUUAAACCUUCCAAAAUGAAAUGCUAAAGCUUCUAGCCUCUCUUAAACUUCAGCCCUGCUCCCAUUCUAAACUUUAGACCAAGUUCUUGACAAAGACAAUGGGGAGAACUGAAUAUGAUUAAUUUAAUUUUGUUUAAGAAUAAAAGAAAAAUACAAACCUCCUCUGCACGCAAGUCCAACAAGUCUUUCCAAAGUCUGGGUGCUUCUGAGUGUAAAUCUUUCAUGUCUUUACUAAACUUUACGUCAAAAGGUGGUGCUCAAGUAUUGGAGAGGAAUCUUCAUUGUUAAGACACAACAUCAAAAGUAGCUUCCUGAAGUUUUUGCUUUAUUAAGUGUAUCCUUUUGUUUGUGCUUGUGUGUGACUAUUUAAAGGCUUAUGAUUCAUACACUUCAGAAGAGAAAGUCAAGAAGAUCAUUCAAGUACCAGCAUCAUGCACCACCAAAUGGGAAGAAAGACCACUGAUAAACUCUUUGUUGGAAAAGAGGCAAGAUUCUGAAUGACUCUCAUGCCACAGAAUGGCUCCCGCUGUCUCUACAGAUUUUAACAUCUUCAGCCAGUGGGUCUCUUUUCUGCACACUGUGGGGAACACUCUGGCCUUUCUGCUUGUUGGUGGUCUAGUGCCUUGAGAGCUGUUUUGCAAUUUCUGGAUCUAGUUAACCCCCCAACACCCAACAUAAGGAUGGGAGAGGCUGGCAACUGUAUGUCAAGGUGACUGCCCUGCAGAGUGUGGUUUUAGUGGUACUUUCAAGUUGGCAUGUGUCCAGAAAGGGGAGUGAAUGGAUUUUUUUUUUGACAAAUUUCAACCUGAUAAUUUUAUCCAAAUUGUCUUUAUUUCCUAAACAGUGUAAAAAUGAGACAUUCCAAUACAUUUUUGGUUAAAGUUAUUGCUAUUUGGCACUUUAUGCUGAUUCUUGAUAAUGAACAUUUAUCACUGGAUUUGUUUUUUAAGUAUUAAAAUAAAUUGGUAUUUU